CGGGGCUGUGCCGCCUCUGCCCGGCCGCUCCCCGCAUCGUCGCUCCGGCCGCCUCCUCCCAGUUUGAGUUCCCUUCCCUCCGUGCCCCGCUGGCUCUGAAGGGGCGCUGGGGCUGCUCUGUUACCCUGUGUUUGUUUUUGUGGGGGGGCUCAGGGCGGUGCGAGGAGCGGGGCUGUGUCACGGAGCCGGUGUACGGCUCCGCCGUGGGGACCUGCUGUUGGCCGGGGGAUUGCUCGAUGCGCCUCUUAUAUAUAUGUGCAUUAAUUUUGGGUAUCUAUAGGUGUCUAAACAAGUGUCUCAGGACUUUUGAGCUUUAAGGUAAGAGCCCCAAGGACGGAUUUAUACGCUUUUGGGGCAGGACCUGCAUUUCUGUGUUUCUAGCCCGGGGGUCUCAAGCACUGACUGUUGUCUUCACACAGAACUUUAUACUCAACUGAAACCAGGCAGAGACUGAGCAUCAAUUUGCUUGCUCUGGGAACAGUAGUCAACAAGCUGAGAAACUGGGAAGGGGUGGCUAAAACCCUGUGUCUGCCUUGUUAAAAUGGAGUUGUUUGCCGGGAGCACAUGGGCUGCAGUUCUGCUCCCUCGCCAUCAGUACAAACCCCCACUCCUUGGGUCUGCUCUGGCUGGAGGGAGCCAUUAAGGAGUUAAAAUGGAAGUCUCUGGUGGAGAAGGGCUGUUUACCUUCUGAGAAAUUAAACUACAUUUUAUUUCUCUUGGGGUUUGUGUGUUUUAAGGAGCAAAUCUCUGUGUGUGUAGUGUGUCCCUCUGCAUCCUUCCAGGUUGUGCAAGGGCUGUGAGAUGCAGAUCAUUCCAGCUCAACUUCUGCACCAAAAUUGUUAUGUCCUGGAAAGUUUUGAUAUUGCAGCUUCCUUGGUGCAUUCCUGAUCCUAGUGCUGCUGGUGGGAAGGGAAGGGCAUUGCUUUGACUUGUGCUGCUGCAGUGGGGCCAGCCCCAGUGUGGGUCUGUGAUUGCACAGGCAAUCUGAAACCUGCACCCUGCAGCCUCGGGUCUGUCUCCUCCUGCAGCUGAGCUCUGUGGGUGACCAUGAAUGCCAGUGGCCCUGGCUAUCCCUUAGCCUCUCUCUAUGUGGGAGACCUGCACCCAGAUGUGACCGAAGCCAUGCUCUAUGAGAAGUUCUCCCCUGCUGGGCCCAUCAUGUCCAUCCGAGUGUGCCGGGACGUGGCCACGCGCCGCUCGCUGGGCUACGCCUACAUCAACUUCCAGCAGCCUGUGGAUGCUGAGCGAGCCCUGGACACCAUGAACUUUGAGGUGAUCAAAGGCCGACCCAUCCGCAUCAUGUGGUCCCAGCGGGACCCCGGGCUCAGGAAAUCAGGGGUUGGAAACGUCUUCAUCAAGAACCUGGAUGACUCCAUUGAUAACAAAGCCCUGUAUGACACAUUCUCUGCCUUUGGAAACAUCCUGUCAUGCAAGGUGGUUUGUGAUGAAAAUGGAUCCCGUGGCUAUGGCUUUGUCCACUUUGAGACGCAUGAGGCAGCAACUCGGGCCAUUGAGACCAUGAAUGGGAUGUUGCUCAAUGACAGGAAGGUGUUUGUUGGACACUUCAAAUCCCGCAAAGAGCGAGAGGCAGAGGUUGGGGCUAGGGCAAUAGAGUUCACCAAUGUCUACAUCAAAAACUUUGGGGAUGACAUGGAUGAUGACAGACUGAGGGAAAUAUUCGCCAAGUUUGGAAACACCUUGAGUGUCAAGGUCAUGAUGGACAACAGUGGCCGCUCCAAGGGCUUUGGAUUUGUCAACUUUGAGAAGCACGAGGAAGCCCAGAAGGCGGUGGCUGACAUGAACGGGAAGGAGAUCAACGGGCGGGUGCUGUACGUGGGCCGCGCCCAGAAGCGGCUGGAGCGCCAGAGCGAGCUCAAGAGGAAAUUUGAGCAGAUGAAGCAAGAGAGGGUGAACAGGUACCAGGGGGUCAACCUGUAUGUGAAGAACUUGGAUGAUGGAAUAGACGACGAGAGGCUGAGGAAGGAGUUCUCCCCCUAUGGCACCAUCACCAGUGCCAAGGUGAUGACAGAGGGUGGCUGCAGCAAAGGGUUUGGGUUUGUAUGUUUUUCCUCCCCCGAGGAGGCCACCAAGGCUGUGACAGAAAUGAACGGGCGCAUUGUCAGCACCAAGCCUCUCUACGUCGCGCUCGCGCAGAGGAAAGAGGAGCGGAAAGCGAUCCUCACCAACCAGUACAUGCAGAGGUUGGCCACCAUGAGGGCCUUGCCUGGCCCUCUCCUGGGCUCUUUCCAGACCCCCCCAGGGUACUUCCUACCCCCCAUGCCUCAGCCACAAACCAGAGCUGCCUUCUACGGCCCCAGCCCUGUUGUUCCAGUCCGCCCUGCCACUCGCUGGAGUGCGCAGCCCUCCAGGCCUCCCUCAGUGUAUCCUGAAGCCACCCCCAUCCUGAGGGCUGCCGUGCCGCCCCGGCGCCUGCUGUCCAACAUCAGCACCACGAGACAGGCCUCCACCCAGGUGCCCCGUGUGCCCCCCCAGGCCCACAGAGUGGCCAACAUCGGGACACAGACAGUCAGCACCCGGGUGCCCUCAUCUGCCCUGCCACGGGGUGCCCAGCAGUACAAGUACUCCUCAUCUGCCAGGAACAUGCAGCCCAUGGGGCACAUGCCACCUAUGGUGGCCCCACAGGUGGGAGAACCUGCUGUGCAUGUCCAGGGGCAGGAGCCACUGACAGCAUCCCUGCUUGCAGCAGCCCCCCCUCAGGAGCAGAAGCAAAUGAUUGGUGAACGCCUCUACCCUCUGAUCCACGUGAUGCAUCCCUCACUGGCUGGCAAGAUCACUGGGAUGCUGCUGGAGAUUGACAACUCCGAGCUGCUGCUGCUCCUGGAGUCCCCAGACUCCCUGCGCUCCAAGAUCGAGGAAGCAGUGACUGUUCUCCAGGCACACCAGAGCACCGAGAUACCCCACAAGGGCCCUGCUGGGGCCUUCCUGCCCUGACUCCAGACUAUGGGACUGAGAGCAAGCCCUGAGAAUGUUGCUGUUGAAGAACAGGAGCAGGAACUCCACCGUGCUGGAAUCAUGCCCAUACAGUGACCCUGGCUUGUCUUCACAUGCCCCAUCCUAUUGUUUGUGUGUAUUGUAACCCCUGUAGAAUUGCCUCCUCCUGCACCUGUAAAAACCCUCACAUUAAAUCUCUUCUCACCACUGAAA